UUGGGAGGGGCCGCUGGCGGUGGCUGCGGCUGCGGCGCCGAGGGAAGAUGUCGGGUCGGGAGGCGCGCGACGCCAAGACGCUGGUGCGCUCCCCCAGCGGCCUGCGCAUGGUGCCCGCGCAGCGCGCCCUGCGCAGCCCCUUCGGCCUGGACGAGCCGCCCUGGGUGCCGGACAAGGAGUGUCCAAGAUGUAUGCAGUGUGACACAAAAUUUGACUUUAUAACCAGAAAGCAUCACUGCCGGAGAUGUGGAAAGUGCUUUUGUGACAAGUGUUGCAGUAAAAAAGUGCCUCUGCCUCGCAUGUGCUUUGUAGACCCUGUACGCCAGUGCGCUGAAUGUGCCCUCAUUUCUCAGAAAGAAACGGAGUUUUAUGACAAGCAACUUAAAGUGCUUAUGAAUGGUGCUACUUUCUUUGUAACUCGGGGAACAUCAGAAAAGUCUGAGAUGAUGGUUUGUCGACUUUCCAACAACCAGAGAUAUCUAUUUCUGGAUGGAGACAACCAUUAUGAAAUUGAAAUUGCACAGAUUUCAACUGUCCAGAUACUUACAGAGGGAUUUACUCCUGGAGAAAAAGAUAUUCACACUUACACCAGCCUUCUGGAGAGCCAACACAUUACUGAAGGAGGCAAUACUCGUGCCACAGGUAUGAUUCUACAGUAUAAGGCUCCAGGGUCAGAGGAGCUUGUACAGCUGAAGUUUACUGCCACUGAAGACUUCAAUUCUAAUAAGAAGCUCUCAGCAGCCUGGCUAGCAGCUAUGCAUAAGGCAGCAAAACUGCUUUAUGAAUCCCGGGACCAAUAACAGCAGCAAGUUGCUUGAGAUUUAGAAGAGACCAGCUCUAAGAAAAGUCUGCUUCUUGCUUAUGCUAAUUAUAUUUGACACAUGGUAAUACUUGGUAUUAUUGACCCCUCUUGUAUUCCAGGUGUGGUUCAUUAUGUAAGUACUGGCAAAUGCAAUGUGAGUAUUUGAACCAUGAGUAUUCACUUAUCUAGUGUGCAAUAUGUAUACAAUUAAUGCUUUAAAACAGCCUCACCUUUUACGACUUUGUAUAUUUUGUUAAAUCUUUGGCACUUAGCCACUUAUUAUGAAAGUAUGAUGUGCACUACAGCUAAAUGUACAGCACAACUUUUUGUAGCACCAAUUAUGUAUAUUGUAUGUGUUUGCCACAAACAGCAAACAAAUUUGUAUAUCUCUUCUACAGAGAAUAGCUUUGGGGUAUAGAUCUCAGGUUUUUCCCUCUUAUCCAAAUGUUUAAGAUCCAUGUACAAUAAAAUCUGCCUUAGAUCACGUUUUAUAGAAGUCAUUUUUUUUGGGUUCUCACUUUUUUAAAGUUUCACCAAAUACUACAAAUUGGGCGUCUGAACAUGAUCUUAGAACCACCCUUCUCUAGAAAAGUAAGCUUCCAGAGUGAUUUUGAAAUUUUAUAUUUUACUUGUGGUAACUCUUGCUUUUGCUAAUCUAAUUGUAACUAAUGUUAUUUGGACAUUGUAUACAGUUUGAAAUGUACAAAAAUGGAAUAAAUGAAUUCAUACUUAUUCAAAAGGCAAA